GAUGUUACAAAAAGAUGUAGUUAGUGACUGUAGUGAAUCGUACUUCGGGGUUUUACACACACACACACACACACACACACACACACACAGCGUCUACGCUUAAGCGCCUUCUCCUAGACCCAGAGCCUGAAGUCCACUCAUCAGGGACAUGGAGACGCACAGUUCAGGACUCACAAGGAAAAGAAGAAGAGAGGGAGCAAAUGGAAAGAUGGACAAGGAAGAACGAGGUGGAAAAAUCCCACGUAGGACUUCGACCUUGAAAGAACCUGCACCCUUUUCUGACCAGCUGAAGCCUAUGUCCACUCCAUACACUCGUGUUAGCCUAGAGGAAGCCCGCUGUGGCACACCAGUACGCGUGUACGCUGAUGGGAUUUUCGACAUGUUUCAUUCUGGACAUGCCCGAGCUCUGAUGCAGGCUAAAUGUCUUUUUCCAAACACUCAUCUCAUCGUAGGCGUGUGCAGCGACGAUUUGACGCACAAGCUCAAGGGCUUUACUGUUAUGAACGAGGACGAGCGUUACGACGCAGUGAGUCACUGCCGCUACGUGGACGAGGUGGUCAGGGAUGCCCCAUGGACACUAACACCAGAGUUCCUGACCAAACACAGAAUUGACUUUGUUGCCCAUGACGACAUCCCGUACGUUUCAGACGAGAGUGAUGAUGUUUACAAGCACAUAAAGGAGGCUGGCAUGUUUGCACCCACACAAAGGACAGAGGGCAUCUCCACCUCUGACAUCAUCACACGCAUCGUCCGGGACUACGACCUGUACGUGCGACGCAACCUGCAGAGAGGCUACACUGCCAAGGAGCUUAACGUCAGCUUCAUCAAUGAAAAGAAGUACCACCUUCAGGAGCACGUGGAUAAGGUGAAGCAGAAGGUACGAGACGUGGAGGAGAAGAGUAAAGAGUUUGUGCAGAGGGUGGAGGAGAAGAGCAUUGACCUCAUCCAGAAGUGGGAGGAGAAAUCACGCGAGUUCAUUGGCAACUUCCUGCAGAUGUUUGGGCCAGACGGGGCACUGAAGCACAUGUUGAAGGAGGGGAAAGGGCGCAUGCUGCAGGCCAUCAGCCCCAGACAAAGCCCUGACAGCAGCCCUUCACGUGAAGAGCGCUCUCCUUCUCCUACCUUCCGUCUUCCUUUCUUCACCAAAACCCUCCCGUCCUCCUCGCCUCCUCACUACAGCGACGCACACAGCAUCAGCGAGGACGACGAGGACUAGAGGGAUUGUAUUCCGCUUUUAAACCUCCAGACCACAGUGUCCAGUUCGAGUCCUAAACUGUAACACGGCUUUACGUUGAUCUUGCGUAGGAGUCUGACGAGGACUCCUUCACUGGGGUGCAUUAAUUACUGUAUGAAGGACCAGGGAAUGCUCCUGGAAAGAAAUGAUUCUCAGAUUUAAUCAGUAUUUGUUUUCGUGUCUUUUAUACACAUUCGGUUUGUGCACAAGUUGUUAAAUCCAGUAUGACUCUCACUGCACCACUCUUUGUAUUACUGUCACAUCACACGUUAGAUUUUGUUCUGUUGGGUCCUUUUUUUGGUACCUUACGUCCAACAAUCCACGCACACGUGCACCUCUUAAAGUGAAGCCAAAAAUGAAGGGUACCUCUCCGUCUAGUCGUAUGUUUGGUGAAUGCUUCCAUAGUUCUAGCUAACAAAGGAAAAGGUUAUAGCUACCAGUUUAUCAGAACACAUAUGAAAUGACUUAGCGAUGAGUUUUAGUGUAUUUUUGUCAUUUGUACAGUGCUAAUAAUGCACACAGGGUAAAGUGAUGUGAACUUAGUAGCUAAACUGGUAGCUAUAAGCAUCCCAUGCCUAUGAGCCAGAUUUUGUCCAAAACUUAAAUCAAAAACUGAUGGCUCAGCUAAUCGGUUGCAUCUGAACAAUUGUGUAAAUCUUUCUGGCCGAAUUGUUCCUUUAAAGCUUAUUACAUUCCCUUCUGUCCCAGCGUAGACCACACGCUGGUGACGAAACACUGGAAUUACUGCCUUUAUGGAAAUUUGAUCACUGUGAGGGCGAAAGCCAUAGCAUGUGUAUUCAAGGUCAAAUGACUAUUUUUAAAGAUCUUAAUUUUAUUAUUCUGUCCUGUUUACUUUAUAAUCGAUGUCUUUCAUUUGUGUUACAAAUAAAUUGAAUUCUUAUUGCUUUUCA